AUGAAUACGGUUCGGUGCAUGCUCUUCGGUUGUGGCCCUUCGCUUAGCUACUGGAGAUACGCCGCGGAAUACGCGGCGUACGUGUUGAACUGGAUGCCGACUCGCGCAAAUUCAGGCCACAAAUCGCCUCUGGAGCUGCUCACGAAGAAGCCAGUGAGUGUCGUGGACGUGGUGGUGUUUGUCUCGCCUUGCAAAGUGUACCAGAACCCACUAAACGCAUCUUUGAGAAAGCGUGGAGCGCCAGGGAUCAUUGUCGGAAAAAAAACGAAUUAG